AUGCCCAUCUGGUCUAGAAAAUCCCGUGCAUCGUCAGUAUCUUCUCUGACCCAUCACAAUCAACCUACCAUCAUCUCUCAAAAUCAUCAAUCCUCUCCAUCAAUCCCAUCAUCUCCUACUAAAAAUCCACCCAUAAAUCUCCCAUCAGACCCUGUCCAAAUUCAAAUCCUUUCUCGACAAUGUCUUCAGGACCCUUCAGAAGACCCAGGACUCCCCCCAUCCUACGCAAAUCUCGCACCCAUCCCUCCUAGAUCUGCCAUCCAUCCAAGACCAGAAGAAGGCUUCGAAUCCCUCCCCUUUUAUGCCCCAGCAAUCUAUAAAGAAGGCCCUGCAAUGCGCAAACCUGAACUUAUCUCUCCAUACCUUCCUGCAACUCAACGUCCUUGGACCCCAAUCUACCUUCAACUUAACAAUACCCAACUAAACAUUUAUACAAUCAUUCCUAAAAAGGGCUCUCCAAAUCUACCGCAAGCUCUCCCACCACGUGAAGACACAACAUAUGAUCUCUCAUCUUCUCCACAUGGCCCUGCCCCGCUUUUGGCCCAUCUACUUCGUAACAGAUCUUUCCCAAUAAUUACAAAUGUCUCUUCUCCAUCAUCACCUUCUUAUUCUUCUUCUUCUUCUUUUUCUUCUCAUUCUUCAUCAACGUCCCCUCCUCUCUCCUCCUCGGAAAAGCCUCCUUUCCAUCAUUUCCAUUCCUCUGCAUCUAAUACCCCGCCAUCUGCUGAUCUUGCUCAGGGUCUCCAGAUCGGACCUAAUCACAAAAUAGGCAGGCUCCUCAAAUCAUACACCCUGCAAUAUGCAGAGGUAGGCGGGGCUCUUGACUACUCUAAGCGUAUUUGUGUUUUACGUGUUCGUGCAGAAGCAGAGCAGUUUUUGAUCCAGUUAGAAUCGGUCUUUGAUUGUGUCACUUGGGCAAACGCCAUCCAAAUGGGUAUAGAUGUUGCACUUCCUUUAGACGAAAGGCCUUUACCUAAACACAAAUUAUUACCACGAAGAAACAGACGAAAUAGACGAAGGCAAAGAACUGCCAAUUCUUCAUCCAACUUACCAGCUUCAUCUUCUUCACAAGUCCAAACUACAGUUAAUAGUCGGGCCAUUGCGGCUGCUACUGCUACUGCUACGGGGAUCACGGUGGCUCAGCCUCAUCAAUCUUCUUCAUCUUCAUCUUCAUCUGCAUUGCCAUCUAACCAACAUCAACAGCAACAGCAACAGCAACAGCAACAGCAACAAAGACGAAACAGAUUGAAUUCUAUUUCUUCUCUUUUAUCUCAAACAUCUGCUCAUGAAUCUGAUUCUUCCAUUAAUCACUCUAACCGACCUUCAAGGUUCACACGGCUUGUCCAAAAAAUCCAAACUCGUUCAGCCUCUUUUUCAGCUACGUCGGGUCCUGUUGCAGCUGCUUUAACUUCAUCUAGUACUAGCAAAGCCCAGCCAAGAUCUGGUAGCGAGCAAAUGGAAUGUUCAAAUGCAAAUAACGAUGACACGUUUGUUGAAGAUCUUCUUCAUCAUUCCGAAAUGCAGUCUUCUGAAGGCUCUUCAAACCCCCCCGCCCAUCAUGACACUAACAAUUUGGCUGCUCCAGCAACGAAAACACCUGCUGAUGACCAAGCCGUGUCUCACGCGGUCGACAACAAACACAACGCUCCCGGUGGCUUCAACAACAGUAGCAGUAGCAAUAACAACUGUAAUGGAAAUAGCAAUAGCAAUAGCAAUAGCAAUGAUAACAAUAACAAUAACAACAACAGCAGCAGUAGUAGCAGCAGUUACCCCACCUUGCAUCAUCAAACUUUUAUGCAAACAACUGCAUCUGCUUGUAACAAAAAUCUCCACCCAAGACAAUCAAUUUUCCUCGUACAUGAUGAUGUUGAUGAUGAUAAUAACAAUAAAAAUAAAAAUAAUAAUAAUGACGACAAUGAAAACGACAACAACACAAAUACCGUCCAACACGACCAUCUCUUAACUAACCAAUACACAGCACAGCCACCAAACCUCCCCUCUUCCUCAGCAUCAACAGGCUCCUCCGGAUCAUCUGGAUCUUCCGCAUUCUCCGCAAAUGAUCUCACUCACACCCUGACCCCACUCUCAUCACCAGAUAGCCCUCCACUUUGUGUAAACCUUAACGCUUUCCACUCAUCAACAUCAUCAACACCUGCAUCGGUUCUCCAUGCUCCGGUCCCGCAUCGGGUCCCCCACAUUCUUCAUACCCACCAUCGAUUUUCCGAAGACGAAACCGACGACGUCGGUGAUGACGAAGAAGAAGAAGACGAAAGUUACGGCCUGGAAGAUAUCGUAAAUAGAUACGGUUCAACAGGUUCUUCCAGUGGCACUUCAUCCUAUGAACUUGACGACGAUGAACUGUCCCUCAUUAACGCAUACUCGGGUAUUUCCCCACACUCUUCCUUUUCUGUGGACGGUCCUAAUUCAACAUCCCAUUCUAACCAUCACCCUACUGCCCCAUUCAGCUUGCCAACCAUUCCAGGCACUCCAAUUCUCUCAGAUUCCCUACCCUUUAUGCUGCCACCUUUUACUGCAAUGUCACCUUUAUUCCGUGCAACAACAAGUACCCCAAGUGGCUGUGACCUCGAAACACCUACAUUCGAGCGAUCAGCCUUCUUAACAAAUGAUGACGAAAAUAUGACUGCCAUUUUAUCUACUGAGGCUUUUGGAACAACAACAACAACAACAAAAACAACAAACGCUUUGCUUACAGCCCCAGCAACCGUCACUAAUACCCGCACACCCACUCCGGAACUCGGAUCAGGUGCCUGUCUUAGCACAGAACCAACUAGUAGUUCUCCUUCUACUACAGGCGGUGCCAGUACCCCGGUGACAGCCAGCAGUAGCAGUGCAACCUCGGCCUCUGCAAGCGGUGAAGACGUGACUCCCGACGACUCUUCUCCCUUAGAGAAACCAGAGACUCACCUGCAGUCAGAUACCCUUCAUCAUCACCGCCGUGGACCUUUAGUGGAUGAAACUGAGGAUGAUGAAGGCUACGUUGUUGGAGACGAGGAUGAGAUGUAUGAUGACUUGGAUGAAGAUCCCGAUGGUCUUAGUCCUAGAUUUCUACGCGAACGACUCCGCCGGCCGUCCUCGUCGUUCACGCAUCCUGCUAUUGUGGACAAUGCAGAUCGUGGUCCUCGUCGGCCAUCAAUGCACGAGUUUUUGGCAUAUAUGGACUCUGGGGACUGUGAGGCUGAUGACCCGCACGCCAAAUGGGAGCCCAAGCAUCCGCACGAGUCACUCAAGCUCAUUUUCAGGUGUCUGCAGCCACUGCCUGCCCACGCACCAUGGAUUGAUAAAAUGGUUGUUGUUGAUGGGCAAAAGUACAUUGUGCGACCAGAGUCUUUAAUCAAAGUUCCACUUAAUUAUUAA